AUGAUAGUGACAGUGUUGGUGAUGAUGAUGUUGGUGAUGGUGUUGAUGAUGGUGAUGAUGCUGACAGUGAUGGUGAUGAUGGUGAUGGUGUUGAUGAUCGUGAUAAUGAUGAUGCUGGUGGUGAUGGUGAUGAUGGUGAUGGUAACAGUGCUGGUGAUGGUGUUGGUAAUGAUGGUGAUGAUGACUGCCCAGUUUGUUCAUCCCCACUUUGUCCUCAAGCUGACCUCUGCCGGCGCAGCGCCGAGGUCUGGGGGUUCCCUGGCAGCGAUGGAGGAAGGCGAGGACGGCCCAGUGGGGGAGAAGAGCCCAUCGGAGAGGGACGGGGCCACCUCGGACCACGAGGGCUCUGCAGAGCACGACUCGUCCAGCCCCCCCAGCAGUGAAGAGUCUAGAGACACUCCAGAGAGUCCAAAGGAGCCAGAAAAGCUAGAUCCUGGAGAAAACCCACAGGAACUGGACACGUGGAAUGGGCCAGAUGAGCUGGAUCUGGAGGUGCAGGAUGGGGAGAGACGAGUGCGAACCCGCAGGAGUCUUCCCGAAGGCUUCUCCUGGGGACCCUUCCAGGGCAGCAUCCACAGCGAGCCGGCAUCACCGGGGCAUGGGGACACGAGCCCACCCGUGACGCUUGUGCUGGGGGACGAGAGCUGCUGGCUGUCCCGCCUGCCCCUCGUGCCCGGAGAACCCGAUGCCAACGCCGUCAUCUACAGGAAGGAUGAAGCUCUGUGGUGCCGGACCACACGUGCGCUGCGGGAGAACGAGCGUGUGAGCGCCUUCGUGGUGGCAGAGCCACCGGCUGUCCCCAACCACGGGGUGAAGGCGGAGCCCAGCGAAUCCCCGUACCCGGCGGCGCUGCACUCGGACAUCCAGCUGCUGCCACAGCAGGCCGGCAUGGCCGCCAUCCUGGCCACCGCCGUGGUCAACAAGGACGUGUUCCCGUGCAAGGACUGCGGGAUCUGGUACCGGAGCGAGCGCAACCUCCAAGCCCACCUGAUGUACUACUGUGCCAGCCGACAGAGCGCCAGCGCUGGCUCACCAGCCGUGGAUGAGAAGCCCAAGGAGACGUAUCCCAAUGAGCGUGUCUGCCCCUUCCCCCAGUGCAAGAAGAGCUGCCCCAGUGCCAGUUCCCUGGAGAUCCACAUGCGGAGCCACAGCGGAGAGCGACCAUUCGUCUGCCUGAUCUGCCUGUCCGCCUUCACUACCAAAGCCAACUGUGAGCGGCACCUAAAGGUGCACACGGACACCCUGAAUGGUGUUUGCCACAGCUGCGGCUUCAUCUCCACCACGAGGGACAUCCUGUACAGCCACCUGGUCACCAACCACAUGAUCUGCCAGCCGGGCUCCAAGGGCGAGGUGUUCUCCCCUGGAUCAGCCCUUCCUGCUGCCAAACCCGUCGCUCCUGGGGUUGAUGGCGGGGAGAGGACCCCCAGGAGGCUCUUCUGGGGCAGCUUCAGCAUCUGGAGCCCCAAACUUCACCCCGGCUGA